UUGUGCCAUCAAUUGAUUCGUUUGCCUUGUGGUAGCAGUUUUGCUACUGUUUUCUGUUAGCCGUCCAUUUAUGGCCGUGUCCGCAGCCGAUGCUGCGGCUCUGGCCAGCAGCGAUGAGGAGCUCACGCCUGCUGGCAACCAUCCGAGCGCUCAGCCGGACUACAGUGACGCUCGUUUGGAACGCGUGGCCGCCUACACCACGACCACAAUGCGCCUGAAACCGGAGAAGUGGGCCAAAAUGAUGGCGCACGAUGAGUUCCGGCAUAUCGUCCUGGACUGGCUGCACGGACGGACACGAGUUUUGGUGAUGACGCUCAGUCCAGGCGGCGAACUGGUGCCCAGAGGCUGUGUGAGCGACCUAUACCGAAACUAUACCCUGCAGAGCUGUGGCUCACGGGUGAGCGCGGCAAAUGAUGCCACUGCUACGGCUGCCGUGGUGGCGGCGGCAACAACCACAGGAGCACUACUGGUUCCACUGCCGCCCGCUUCGUCCAGCUUUACUACAUUGGAUGGGGUACCGCGCGGCAAGUGCGCCUACUUCAUACGCCACAAUGUAGACGUACCGCUGACAGCUAGCAAUUUUCAUAGCUCAGUGCUCUAUGGUGACUUUCCAGUGCACAGCAAAAUGGAGACCAUGUCUCUGCUGUUCGACGAGGUGCUGCAACCGCUGCUGGACAAGGCUCAGGGCGUGUGGCCGUCGCCUGUGCGCAAGGAUCUGCAGGCGCGCGUCAAGGAAGUGCGCAACACGCUGACCGAGAUUAAGGGCAAAACCAACAAUCGCACAAUUUUAUCGUUAUUAGUUUCGCCAACAAUCGUCGAGGAAGUGUCUGCUCACGUGAACCGGGGCAAUCUAAGACCAGCCCUGGAUCCCAAGUUUCGUAAUCUUCUGGAGGAGAUGUUUAUCAAUUGGACAACACAAAUGCACGACAUUGUUAUGGAACGCUCGGAAUCCAUUGGCCUGACCGCGUGCACCACUGCACCCACCAAACAUAUCCAUGUGGUUACGCUGCCCGCUCAGGAAAUUACCUUCUGGACGAAUCGAAAGCUCAAUUUGCAGAACAUUUACGAGCAGCUGCGCGAAUCCAUGCACAAGGCACUGGCGCACAUACUUGAACGCAUUGAGUCUGUCUAUUAUGAGCCCUAUGCAAAGGCUUUCCGGCAGCUUCUGACCGCCUGGCUGGAGGCACAGGAUGUCUCACUCUGGCUGCAGCCACUGCAGCGUCAAACAGCCGCAUUCAACUCGGUGCAGUUCAGCAAUGCACAGGAGCUGAUUGCACCGCUGGUGCAUGUGCUGCACUUGCUCUGGAGCAAUGCCCGCUUCUACCGCAGCACACAAAGGAUGAGUGUGCUGCUGCGUUGCAUGUGCAACAUGUUAGUUCAUCGCGCCGCCGAGGACUUGGAGUUUCCGCUGCUUUUCCAGGGCGACGCCGAUGAGGGCCUGCAGAAGAUCAAGAAAACUGGCGAGGUGUUGGAGUUUUUCAGGCAGCGCAUGCUCGAUUACAAGGAACGCUAUGCAAGCAGCCAAGUGCUGCUGCCAGCCUUGCCGAGCUCUUCAGCUGCGGCCGCAGCAGAAACUUCCCCAACGCCGGACGACCAGCAGCAGCUGUGGCGCUUCUCCAACGAGCAAGUGUUUGGCCAAACACUCGACGGAUUUCUGCUGCAGCUAACGGAGCUUCGACAUGUGUUCGAGGCGGCUGUUCAAUUUCAGCAACUGGAGAAGCUUGAAAUUGGCGGUCUGCGUGGUAAAUUGCUCACGGACCGCAUCAGAGAGAUCUUUAACGAGUUCAAGCUGCUCUUCGAGCAGUGGACCAAUGUAGAUAUAGAUCUCGCAGCGCCCGCUGCCCACAAAUGGAAAUGCUUCAAGCGCGAGCAAUAUCUUUUCUAUGAGCGCAUGCAGCAGCUGGAACAGAAGCUGGCCACCGUACUGCUGCAGGCUUUCGAGCAGUGCCACAGUUGGAUCCACCUGCUCAAGCUGACGAUUAUGUUUGGCUGCCUAUUACAGCGCCGCACCGUGCACUUGGAGCUCGUGCGUCUGCUUCCACACAUGCUCAACGUCUACAAUGCAGAGCUGCAGCAGCUGGAGCAGAGCGUGACAGACGUGCUGCUGCACUACCAGUUCCAUGCACUCGAAGCUCUGCCCGUAGCUGGAAACUUUCCCCCAAUUGCUGGUGCCAUCAUGUGGCUUGAGCAGCACUUGCAUCGCUGCGAUGAACUGGGCGCUAGGGAUCUAACUGAGCUCGUCCAGACAUUGUUAGCACUAAAAUCGGAGCUUAUAACGCUGCCUUUUCAAUGGGAUGCAUUGCUUUCACGUCGCAACAUUCUGACCACAAAAUUGUGCAAUCUUCAGCUGAAGAUCUGGCACGGCUGGCAGCAGGACAUAGACAAGCUCAUAGCAGAGGGUCUGGACGAGCCCGUGCUGAUUCAAUUGGCAGCCGGAGAGCAGCUGCAGCUGAAUUUCGCUCAGGCGCUCUUUACGCUGCUCAAGGAAACUAAAUAUCUGCUAGCUCUGCAGGGUUCUGGCAGCCUUUCAAGCAAACUCUUUCCAAUGCCCGAGGCGCUGCUGUCACUUUACGAGCAACGGGAUGCCUACUGGCGGCGACGCAUACGGCUCAUCAAGAUUGACGAGUUCUACAAUGGCAUCCGAGCUGGCCAGUGCGCUGCAGCUGAGCUGCAACUAAUUGCCACUGAGCUGGCGGCCAUCGAUGCUCAAGUGGCAACUGCCUGUGGUCAAUUAACCUGGCGCAAUUAUGAUGAAACGCUCAUCGAGUGCAUAUUCGAGAAGUCGCGCGAUCUGCAUGCACGUCUGCAACUGUCCCAUGGCAAUCUGGACGCCAUAUUGACCAGCAUGCGUCGCUGGAGCCGCGACCCACUGCAUCAGCGUAGUCUCUAUGGUCGCAAUCUGCUCGAUCUGCGGCAUCAGCAGGAACGUGUACGUCUGCGUUUGCUGCAGUGCGAUGAGACGAAGAUGCUGCUAAAUCGCUUGCUGAUUGCCAACUUUUGUUUGUUCUUCAACUACGAGUCGCAGCAAUUUCAAUUGUAUUCACGUGACCUGAGCGUGCAGGAGUUUGUGCGCGAAUUUCCGGAUGAGCAACGCCGACAGUUUAACAAAUAUUUGGCCACUGUUGAUGAGUUGAUUUGCCGUGAAAUGCGUCAGGCCAUGAGGAUCAGUUUAGAGUAUUUGCACAAGGAAAUGACAGCAACUGGAACAACGACUGCAACAACCGCUGAGGCAACUCCAACAGCGCCCCCAACUUCAAAUAUGGCCUUGCCAAGCAUGGCUAGGUUGGUGUUACAACAAAUCACAACGCCACAAGCGACAGCGACAAUAAUACCAACAACAGUAACAACAACAACAACAACAACAACAACCGGGGCAACAGCAACAAACGAUGCACCGCUUUUCGAAGUGAAAUUGGAGCUGACGGAAACGGAAAUACGUUUUUCGCCUGCCUUUGAUGCAAGUGUGGAAAAUAAUUUUCAACAAAUUGUCGAGCAGCUGUUGCUGGAUAUAAAACAGACAUGCGACUGCAUGCCAAGAAUUGUGUCUGACAAUGCGCUGUCUGACGACGACGGCGACGACAACGACGGCGACGGGCACGAUGGUAAGUUCAAGCAGUUACUGCAAAAGGAGCAGCAGCCCGUCCCACACAAUAUGCUGGCCGUGGCAAGCACGCUAUGCACCAGUCGUCGCAUUGGCACUGGCAUCGCUGAAGCUGAUGACUUGGAAAUGCUGUGCGCCAGCAUACGCAACGCCUUGGCGCAGACGGUUCAGGCGGCGUUGAAUUAUGCUGCCAAAUUCCACGCCUAUGCGUUCCUUUGGACACAGCAGAGCGGCGCCGUUCUGGCGUCCUGCAUGCAGACGGCGCGUGAACAAACGACCCACAUCAGUGACAGUGGCUAUGCCAUCAUGGAGACUUUCAAAAAGGAGAUCGAGCGCUACAACGAACUGCACGAUGCUAUCGACCAGUGCGAGAGUCGCCACUGCCUGAACGGCUGGCUGGCACUGGACGUGAAGCCGCUUAAGCAUGGUCUGCUCAAUCUGACCUGCAAAUGGUCGCACCUCUACAAGCAGUGGCUGCUGCGCUAUGUGCAGAAGACGCUUCAGGAGCUAAACGCAUUCAUCGCGCGCAGCCAUGAGACUUUGCAGCUGCACAUCGCACGCCAGGAGUUCAAGGCACUGCUGCGCGUGCUGUCUGUUAUGGCGGAGAUACGGCAGAGGGAGCCGUACGCGGACAAUGUAUUUAAGCCGCUCAAGGACAUCAUUGCGCUUUUAAAGACCUACAAUGUGGAGUUCGAGGCACAGCUGGUGCGCAACAUAGACCAGCUGCCGCUGCAGUGGCAGCAACUGAAGCAGCAAGCGGUGGCCAAACACGAGGCACUCCAGGACACGCGCUACUAUCAACAGCAGCGCGUAACAGCGCUCAUUGGUCUGCAUACGUGCCACGUGCAACAUUAUGCGAAACAGUUCCAGCGCAUGCCGUUCUUUCGUGUUCCCUGUCCACAAAUUUACGAUGCCUGCGACCAGGUCUACGUGCGGCUGCAUCGCUUUGCCUGCCAGCAGCGGCGCUACGCGUGCUGGGCCCGGCUGCUAAACAUUCCCGAACCCGAUACGACCACACUCCAGCAGUGCAAGGCUGAACUUAGACGUGUAAAGCAAUUGUGGGACUUUGUGCGCGUCAUCGAAUCCUGCAUUGUUGACUGGCAUGCAACACCUUGGCUCCAAAUCGAUACGGAUGACAUGGAACACGAGUGUAAGAAGUUCACGCGCGAUUUGCGCACACUUGACAAGUGCAUCAGGGACUGGGCCCCCUAUGUUUACAUUGUGGGCGUAUUGCGUGAGCUGGUUGCCUCGCUGCGAGCAGUUACCGAGCUUCAAAAUCCAGCAAUUACCGAACGCCAUUGGCUGGAGCUUAUGCAGUUGUCAAAGAUUUCGUACAAGUGCAACACAUCGACAACUCUGGCACAGUUGCUAAGCCUGCAACUGCAGCAGCACGAAGAGGACAUCAAGAACACUGUGGAUCGCGCUAUCAAAGAGAUGACGGUGACAAAAGUCUUGGACGAUAUAAAGGCCACCUGGACACAAUUAGAAUUCGAAUUGGAGCUGCAUCAAACGCGUCCAACUGUGCGACUGCUCAAAGUAUCAGAGGAGCUGAUUGAAACGCUUGACGACAAUCAAAUGCAGCUACAAAAUAUCUCAACAUCAAAACAUAUCGAAUAUUUGCUGGAUAAGCUGGGCUAUUGGCAGCGCGUGCUGAGUGGCAUUGAUACGCUUAUUGUCAAUUGGUUUGAGGUGCAGCGUAAAUGGAUUUAUUUGGAGUGCAUUUUCAUCGGCUCAACAGACAUACGUUCCCAGCUGCCGCAAGACGCGGCAAACUUUGAGCGCAUUGAUGAGGACUUCACCAAUUUGCUAGCACGGGUUACCAACGUGCGCGUUGUCAUGGAGGUGGUGCUACAGCACGAGGAUGUGCUCAAGCAGUUGUUGGAACUGCAGCAGCGCCUGUCCGUUUGCGAGAAGGCACUGAACGACUAUCUGGAGACCAAGCGUUUGGCCUUUCCACGCUUCUAUUUCAUCUCGUCCGCGGAUCUCUUGGACAUACUCUCUAAUGGCAAUAAUCCUCAGGUCAUUGAUCGCCAUCUCAUCAAGCUGUUCGACUCCAUAUUGCGCUUGCAAUAUGAGACAAAUACCACGCAUGCACUGGGCAUGCACUCCAAGGAGAACGAUGAGUAUGUGGCCUUUGUGGUCAGCCAAGAUCGAGAACAAACAGCCUACAUCGACUGCUGUGGUCGCGUUGAGCUUUGGCUGCGCGCCGUCAUCCAACAGAUGCGCAGCACGCUACAUGAGCUUUUUCGUCGCGCUCUCGUGGCUUUCGGCGAGAAGUCCCGUGAUCUAUGGCUCUAUGAUUGGCCAGCACAGGUCGCGCUCUGCUGCAGUCAGAUUAGCUGGACAGCGGAUGUGAAUCGCUCAUUCGCCAGCAUGGAAGAGGGCUAUGAGGGAGCCAUGAAGGAGCUGCACAAGCGACAGAUAGCGCAGCUGAACGCUUUGAUCAAUCUGCUGCUGGGCGAACUGUCCUCAGGUGAUCGACAGAAAAUCAUGACCAUCUGCACCAUUGAUGUCCAUUCGCGUGACGUGAUUGGCAAAAUCAUUGCCACCAAGGUAGACAACUCUCUGGCCUUUCAGUGGCAGAGCCAACUGAGACAUCGCUGGGACGAUGAACAGUUGGGCAGCUCCAGUGGCUGCGCCACGACAACCAUCAGCGCGGGCAGCGCCGAUGAGGAUUGCUUUGCCAAUAUCUGCGAUGCCGAGUUCCGCUAUGCCUAUGAGUACCUGGGCAAUACUUCAAGACUGGUGAUCACACCACUUACGGAUCGAUGCUACAUCACGCUGACCCAGUCGCUGCAUCUGGUGAUGGGAGGCGCGCCUGCUGGACCGGCGGGAACCGGCAAAACGGAAACAACGAAGGACCUGGGACGCGCAUUGGGUGUAAUGGUUUAUGUCUUCAACUGUUCGGAGCAAAUGGACUACAAAUCUUGCGGCAACAUUUACAAAGGUCUGGCCCAGACCGGUGCAUGGGGCUGCUUUGACGAGUUCAAUCGCAUCUGCGUGGAGGUGCUCUCCGUGGUGGCCGUUCAGGUGAAGACCAUACAGGAGGCGAUAAAGAUGCAUAAAACCCAAUUUAUCUUUAUGGGCGAGCGCAUCUCGCUGGAGCCGUCGGUUGGCAUUUUUAUCACCAUGAAUCCGGGCUACGCCGGUCGAACCGAACUGCCGGAAAACCUGAAAACAUUGUUUCGCCCAUGCGCCAUGAUUGUGCCGGACUUUGCUUUGAUUUGUGAGAUUAUGUUAAUGGCCGAGGGCUUCCAGGAUGCACGUCUACUGGCACGCAAAUUUAUCACACUGUACACGCUGUGCAAGGAGCUGCUGUCCAAGCAGGAUCACUACGACUGGGGCCUGCGUGCCAUCAAAUCGGUGCUGGUCGUUGCCGGCACAUUAAAACGCGAUGACCACAGCCGUCCAGAGGAUCAGGUGUUAAUGCGUGCUCUGCGUGAUUUCAACAUACCCAAGAUAGUAACCGAGGAUGUGCCCAUAUUUAUGGGCCUGAUAGGAGACCUCUUUCCCGCCCUCGAUGUGCCGCGCAAGCGUGUCUUCGAGUUUGAGAAGACCAUCCGACGUGCGGUUAACGAAAUUAAACUGCAGCCCGAGGAGGGCUUUCUCAUGAAGGUGGUGCAGCUGCAGGAGCUAUUGGAUGUCCGCCACUCGGUGUUCAUUGUGGGCGAUGCAGGAACGGGCAAAACGAAGAUUUGGCAAACUCUGCGCGAAACGUAUCGCAUACAGAAACUGAAGCCAGUCUGUCAUGUGCUUAAUCCCAAAGCGCUGUCCAACGAUGAGUUGUUCGGCAUUGUAAAUCCCACGACGCGAGAGUGGAAGGACGGCCUCUUUUCGUCCAUAAUGCGAGAGCAGGCCAAUAUGCCGCCGGGCAAUCCCAAGUGGAUUGUACUCGAUGGCGACAUUGAUCCCAUGUGGAUUGAGAGUCUCAACACUCUGAUGGACGAUAAUAAGAUCUUAACGCUGGCCAGCAAUGAGCGCAUUUCAUUAAAGCGUGAGAUGCGUCUACUCUUCGAGGUGGGCCAUCUUAGGGCGGCCACACCCGCCACGGUAUCCAGGGCGGGCAUCUUGUACAUAAACCCACAGGAUCUGGGCUGGUCGCCCUUCGUCUCUUCCUGGUUGGAAACGCGUGUCAACAUGAUCGAGCGCGGCAUCCUCACCACACUCUUUGAGAAGUAUUUUCCCAGUCUGAUGCAACGACAGCACAAUUUUCGUCGCAUCACGCCCAUCGCCAACAUGGCCAUGAUACAAAUGACCUGUCACCUGCUCGAAUGUCUGUUGGACAGCGACCAAGUCGAGGAUGAGACGGAACGCAGCAGCGGGAAGCAUCUCGGUAUCAAUUCGCAUAGCCUACACCAUGGCGAACUCUCACAUGAGUCCGCUGAGCUGGCCUUAGAGACGAUCUUUGUGUAUGUUACCAUGUGGAGCUUCGGUUCGGCCUUGUAUCAGGACUCAAUUAUAGACUGGCAUCGCGAGUUUCACAAGUGGUGGACGAGCGAGUUCAAGGACGUGAAACUGCCCAGUCAGGGCACCGUAUUUGACUAUCAGCUUAAUGUGCAAACAUUGAAAUUCCAACGCUGGUCCGAGCUGGCCGCUCAGGAGCAGCUCGACUGUCAAAUCGAUGCAGAGCUGCCGCUGCAGAACGUGCUCAUUUCAACUGCAGAGACCACACGUCUCGGCUACUUCCUCAAGCUGCUUAUCGACCGCAAUCUCGCCUGCAUGCUGGUCGGCAGCUCUGGCUGCGGCAAGGGUGCCAUCUUCCGUGAGCUCUUCAGCAAAUAUGCCAGCGCACAGGAGCUGCUUGAAAUUGCAGUGACAGCUGUCAGCGGCAGCCAGCAACAGACGGUAGUAAAUGGUGGUGCCGCUGGUGGCGGCGGUGGUGGUGGCAUUGGUGGUGGUAGUGGCGGUGUUGGUGGUGGUGGUGGUGUUGGAAACGUCAGCGUGCGUCGGAAAUCAUCCAGCUCGACACCGUUGCUAACCACUGUGCAGGCGACACACUUCAACUUCUAUACGACAUCAGAGAUAUUCCAGAAGAUGCUCGACCGACCAUUGGAGAAAAAAUCUGGACGCUGCUAUGCGCCCAGCGGACCGAAGCGACGUCUCAUCUACUUUGUGAAUGACCUGAACAUGCCCGAGGUAGAUUCCUAUGGCACAGUGCAACCGCACACCAUCAUGCGUCAGUUCAUGGACUAUAGGCAAUGGUACGAUCGUCAGAAGCUCCAGCUGAAGGACAUUCGUCAUUGUCAGUUCGCGGCUUGCAUGAAUCCAACCGCCGGCUCGUUCACCAUCGAUCCGCGCCUGCAACGUCACUUUUGUGUGUUCUCAGUGGCACCACCCGGCGAGGAAACUCUCCACUACAUAUACAGUACGAUCUUGAACAACCACCUGGAGCAGCCGGCACAGGGCUUCAGCAAGGAGAUUCGUUCCAUUGGCAAUCUCCUGGUGCAGGUGGGAAUCGCUCUGCAUCGUCGCGUCGAAUAUGCCUUUCUGCCGACGGCCAUUAAGUUUCACUACAUAUUCAAUUUGCGAGACCUAACCAACAUCUACCAGGGCGUGAUGAACAGUGUGGGUGCUCCAGUCUCAGCGGGCGGAGCUGCCAGCAGCUACAGCGGCACAGUUUGCAGCAAACCAGCCGAGCUGAUGAGACUCUAUGUGCAUGAGGCAUAUCGAGUGUACCACGACCGACUGGUCGAUCAGUAUGACAUUAAAUCGUUCAAGUCCUCCAUACGGGAUAUAUUUAAAAAGGAUUUCGAGGAUUUCGACGAGGAUUUUGUCUUUGCUGAGCCAUUGAUAUAUAGUCAUUUCGCGCAAUCUCUUGUGGACCAGAAGUACAUGCCACUCAAGAGCUGGGAUUCACUCUACCAACUGCUGCUGGAAGCGCAGGCCAGCUAUAACGAUAUUGUGGGAUACAUGAAUCUGGUAUUAUUCGAGGAUGCCAUGAUACACAUAUGUCGCAUUAAUCGCAUCCUGGAGAGUCCACGUGGCAAUGCUUUGCUCAUUGGAGUCGGCGGCUCCGGCAAACAGACACUGGCACGCUUGGCCGCGUUCAUUUCCUCACUGAGCGUGUCGCAAAUUCAAAUCAAACGCGGCUUUGGGCUGCUCGAUAUGAGAGAUGAGAUUGCAAGUCUAUACAUGAAAGUGGGACUUAAAAAUGUGGCUUCUGUGUUUCUCAUAUCCGAUGCUCAGCUGCCCGAUGAAUCCAUACUGAUGCUGAUCAAUGACAUGCUCGCCUCUGGCGAGAUACCAGAGCUCUUCAGUGAUGAUCAAUUGGACACAAUCAUAAAUGGUAUACGCAAUGAGGUAAAGCAGAGCGGCGCACUGGAUACUAAAGAGAAUUGCUGGCGAUAUUUUGUGGAGAAGGUGCGACGUCUUCUCAAAAUUGUGCUCUGUUUCUCCCCCGUUGGACAAACGCUACGUAUACGUGCCAGAAAGUUCCCGGCCAUUAUUAGCCGCACUGCCAUUAACUGGUUCCACGAGUGGCCCAGGAGCGCAUUGGAAUCGGUAUCACAAAAGUUUCUCACCGAAAUCAGCGACAUAUUAGAGCCCGAGCUCAUACCGCCCAUUGGCUACUUUAUGGCCUACGUACAUGGUACGGUGAAUCAGAUAUCGAAAAUUUAUCUACAGAAUGAAAAACGCUACAACUACACGACACCAAAAACAUUUCUGGAAUAUAUUUUUCUGUACCGCAAGCUGUUGGUUGACAAAAACGGAGAGUUCGCCCAGCGCAUCGCCCGGCUACAAAGCGGCAUGGCCAAGUUGGCCGAAUGCGCGCGUCAAGUGGACACCCUCAAACAUCAACUGGCAAUACAAGAAGUCCAACUGGCAGCAAAAAAUGCGGCUGCCGAUAAGCUGAUCGUCAUUGUAAGUGCCGAGAGCGAGAAGGUGAAGCGUGAACGCUUUACAGCCUCCGAGGAGGAGAAACGUGUACGCAUCAUAGAGGAGGAUGUUUCGAUCAAGACCAAGCUCUGCGAACAGGAUUUGCGACAGGCCGAACCAGCUCUGGUUGCUGCGCAGGCAGCGCUCAACACCCUUAACAAAAACAACCUGACCGAGCUAAAGUCCUUUGGGUCGCCGCCCAAGGCCGUGGUCAACGUAUGCGCUGCUGUGAUGGUUCUACUGGCCACGAAUGGUAAGAUACCGCGCGAUCGUAGCUGGAAGACAGCUAAACUGAUGAUGGUGCGCGUAGAUCAGUUUCUCAAUGAUUUGCUCAACUACAACAAAGACAACAUACAUCCAAACAUCAUUGAGACGCUGCAGGAAUAUCUCAAGGAUCCCGAGUUCAAUCCAGACAAGGUCGUCCAAAAGUCUGUGGCAGCCGCAGGCCUUUGCGCCUGGGUCAUCAAUCUGCAUCGGUAUCAUCAGGUCUUCCUCAUUGUUGGCCCCAAGCAGCAAGCCGUACAGGAUGCCCAGCAGGAGUUGUUCGAGGCACGUGAGCGACUGCAGUAUCUCAAGUCCAAAAUAAACAAUUUGGAGGACAAGCUGGCCGAGAUCCAGGCCGAGUUCGAGCAUGCGGUGGCCGAAAAGCAAAAGUGCCAACGGGAGGCGGACAAGACGUCCUUUACCAUCGAUCUGGCGCAUAGGCUAGUCAACGGACUGGCCAACGAGAAUGUCCGCUGGCGAGAGUCGGUGCAAAGUCUACAGGCAAAGAUUGGCACCCUACCCGGAGAUAUACUGUUAAUUUCCUCGUUCCUGUCGUACGUGGGCUGCUUUACGCGCCGCUAUCGCGAGGAGCUGCAGCACAAGAUGUGGCUGCCGAGCUUUUGCAAAAUGGACCCCCAGAUACCGCACACUCAGGGAGUCGACCCGCUGGCGCUGCUAUCGGACGAUGCACAAAUUGCCACCUGGAAUAACGAGGGUCUGCCCAUGGACGGCAUGUCUACGGAGAAUGCAACAAUACUGCAGCACUCAACGCGCUGGCCUCUGAUGAUUGAUCCACAGCUUCAGGGCAUUAAGUGGAUCAAGAGCCGCUUUGGAGCCGCUCUGGUGGUGCUGCGUCUCACCCAGCGCGGUUUUCUAGAGGCACUGGAGAAGUCCAUCUCACGUGGCGACACGGUGCUCAUUGAGCAAAUCGAAGAGACCAUGGACACCGUGCUGGAGCCGCUGCUGAGUCGCGCGCUGAUUAAAAAGGGCCGUUAUCUGCGCAUUGGCGAAAAGGAAAUGGAGUUCAAUCCGAAUUUCCGACUCAUACUGCACACCAAGCUGGCAAAUCCGCACUACAAGCCGGAAAUGCAGGCGCAGACGACGCUAAUUAACUUCACGGUGACACCGGACGGCCUCGAGGAGCAGCUGCUGGCGGAAGUGGUCAAAAUUGAGCGGCCGGACUUGGAGCAAAUGAAAACCGAUGUCACCAUCCAGCAGAACAUGUUCAAAAUCUCGCUAAAGGCACUCGAGGAUGAACUGCUGGCCAGACUGGCCUCGGCCGGCGAGAAUGUGCUCGAUGAUCAUGCGCUGGUCCUCAAUUUGGAGAACACCAAGCGCACUGUCGACGAAAUUGAAUCCAAGGUACGAGAAGCUCACCUAACCACGUUGCAAAUUGACGAAACCAGAAACAUAUAUCGUGCCGCGGCCAAGCGAGCUGCCAUUUUAUACUUUGUGCUUACGGAUCUCAAUCGCAUCAAUCCUAUAUACAAGUUCUCACUGAAGUCGUUCAUGAAUGUCUUUCGCCAGGCCAUUGCCGUGGCGCCUGACUCAAAGAGCUACGAGAAGCGCGUGCUCCAUUUGGUGGACUCGAUAACCCUGCAAACCUAUCGCUAUACCCUACGCGGUCUCUUUGAGGCGGACAAGCUGACAUUCACCUCGCAUCUAACGCUGCGCAUUAUGAUUGCCGCCGAGCAGGUGGCCAAGGAUGAGACCGAUUUUCUGCUGCGCUAUCCGCACGAUCCCAACACGCUGUCACCAUUGGACUUUGUGGGACGUAGCGCCUGGGGCGGCAUCAAGUCGCUGGCGCUCGUCGAGCACUUCUAUGGCAUCGACAAGGACAUGGAGAACUACACGAAACGCUGGCGCAAGUUCAUGGCCAGCGAUGCGCCAGAGCGGGAGCAGUUCCCAGGCGAAUGGAAGCAUCGCUCUCCACUGCAGAAGCUCUGCAUUGUGAGAGCUUUGCGGCCAGAUCGCAUGACCUAUGCCAUGGCCCAGUUUGUGGAGCAGACAAUGGGUCGCGCCUAUGCCGAAGUGCAAACCCCGCCCUUUGUGGCUAUCUUCAAGGAGCUAAAUGCGGCCACGCCCGCCUUCUUUAUACUCUCACCUGGCGUAGACCCCAUACGCGAUGUGGAGCGACAUGGGCAACAACAGGGUUUUCAUGCGGAUGCCGGAACUCUGAUAAAUAUCUCACUGGGGCAGGGACAGGAGCUGCUGGCCGAGGAAGCCAUUGAGCAGGCCUUAGCCUCGGGCCAGCAAUGGGUCAUACUCCAAAAUAUUCAUCUGGUGGUGAACUGGUUGCCAACGCUGGAAAAACUUAUCGAGCGUAUAGUGCUGCAGUCGGAGUCUCAAGGUGAUUCCAAUUUCCGUCUGUUUAUUAGCGCCGAACCUGCUCCUGAUCCACAGUACCAUGUCAUACCACAGGGCAUUCUGGAGUCCUCACUGAAGGUGGUUAAUGAACCGCCCGCGGGCAUGGCCGCCAACCUGCACAAGGCCUGGGAUAAUUUCUCGCAGGAUACGCUAGAAACGUGCACCCAAGAAGCCGAGUUCAAGUCCAUACUCUUUGCCCUCUGCUACUUUCAUGCAGUGGCCGGCGAGCGCCGCAAGUUCGGACCUCAGGGCUGGAACAAGGUGUAUCCGUUUAACAUUGGCGACCUGACCAUCUCGGCCAGCGUGCUGCACAACUAUCUGGAGGGCAGCAAUCGCAUACCGUGGGAGGAUCUGCGCUAUCUCUUUGGCGAAAUUAUGUACGGUGGCCACAUAACCGAUGACUGGGACAGACGGCUGUGCCAGACGUUUUUGGAGGAGCUGCUGCAGCAGGAUCUCAUCGAUGGUGACUUCGAGCUAUGUCCCGGCUUUCCAGCACCGCCCAAUCUAGAAUUUGAGGGCUAUCAUGACUACAUCACUGAGAUGCUGCCCGAAGAGUCGCCUCUGCUCUAUGGACUGCAUCCGAAUGCUGAAAUCGGGUUCCUUACAAGCGCCUCUGAGCAGCUGUUGCGCACCAUUUUUGAGCUGCAGCCGCGCGAAUCGGAGCUGAGCACACACUGCGGUGCACCGCGCGAAGAGCUGGUCAAAAUCAUGAUUGACGACUUCCUCGACAAGCUGCAGGACGAGUUCAAUCUGCAGGCGCUGCUGAAUCGCGUGGAACGCAAGACGCCUUUUGUGGUCGUUGCGCUACAGGAAUGCGAGCGCAUGAAUGCGCUUAUUCGGGAGAUCAAACGCUCCCUGCGCGAACUAAUGCUCGGCCUGAAGGGCGAGCUGACCAUCACACAGGAAAUGGAGCGUCUGGACUAUGCCAUUUUCUAUGAUCAUGUGCCGACGGCCUGGGCCCAGCUGGCGUACCCCAGCAUGCUGGGCCUGCAGGGCUGGUUCGCUGAUCUGCUGCAUCGCAUCAAGGAGCUGGCCGGUUGGCUAAAUGACUUCAAGCUGCCCUGCGCCAUUUGGCUGGGUGGCCUGUUCAAUCCGCAGAGCUUUCUCACGGCCAUCAUGCAGGAGAGCGCCCGAAAGCAUGAUCUGCCCUUGGAUCGCAUGCUCAUCAGCUGUGAAGUGACCAAAAAGCAAAAGGACGACGUCACCUUGCCACCUGUUGAAGGCGCCUAUGUGCACGAGCUUUAUCUGGACGGCGCCAGCUGGGACUGUCAGCUGAACUCCAUUGUGGCGCUGCAUCCCAAGGAGCUGCUCUGUGCCAUGCCAGUGAUCUUUAUAAAGUCCAUUGUGCAGGAGAAACAAGAGCUGCAGCGCGUCUAUGAGUGUCCACUGUACAAGACCAGGUCGCGUGGCAACACCUACGUCUGGACCCUCAACCUUAAAACACGCGACCGCCCAGCCAAGUGGAUAUUGGCAGGAGUCGCGCUUUUGUUACAGCCCUAAAGCAUAAUUGAUACCCGGCACGCAACGGAGCGAUUCAUUGUUCGCCUCGUCAUCAUUGCAAGCGUCGAUUUCUUCUGAAGUAAUUCAUCAAUACACUUUUAUUUCUCACAUGACGUAGUUGUUGCGUUAUUACGCUUCAGGUUUUAUAAGUAAGCAUUAUUAAAAGUAAAGCUAACCCGGGAUACCCUCUAAAUUGUGGCCUGUUUUCAAGUGAGUCUAUUAAGCUCCAAUAAUUUCCAAUUGAGUAUAUUUAAGAAACACCCAAAUAAGAAUACCCUAUGUUUUAAGA